AUGGCCCUCUUCGCCCAUAUCGCCGUCUUCCCUCCUCUGGGCCAGGUCACAGUCGCUUCGCCUAGCCGUGAUCCAUUCAACUUCACAGUCGUUCUUGAAUCAUCUAAAUCUUUGCCGGAGACCUCUUGGGAAGUUUCAAUUUGGUACGAUCAUGGCGCCUAUUCCGGAACAAGAUCCUCGUGGCAAGCCCUUGACCUUGGCAUAGUCGAUCAUACUCCUGCCGUUCUCUAUGACGAUUCUCAAAAGUCGACCUAUCGCUAUACGUUUUCUGGAAAUCUCGAUAGUCCAUAUCCUCUUCCUGACAAGUUAUACAAGGGUCGACGAAUACCUUUCACUGUUCGUUACCGAAUAAAUCCAGACUCGGAGUGGUCCUGGGUUUAUCAUAACUUUGGCACUCACGACGGCGAACUCAUCUUACAACCUCCCGUCGAUCCCAACUUUCUGGGCGCGGCCCCUUUCGAUAUCGAUGAGGGCUGGGUUGCUCGGAAAUCUGCCAGCGAAGCACCUGAGGCGCGGUUAUAUAGCAUUGAGUCUGUGCAUCCCAUUCCUGUGCCAGAGCAUGGUAAUGCCAGCCUUGAACGAUACGUGCUCGGCCGCGUAACACAAAUCUGCCGGUAUAUGGCAUUGGUCAGAAUAUGGGAACCUUGGCUUGCACCUCGGCACGGAGGAACUCACUUUCGUUUGGAGGAGCCGGCUAUUCUCCUAUCAUUUUUACGUUCCGAUGGUCUUCAUGUGGUCCUUCUUGCCGUCAAUGGUAUCGAUGAAGCCCUCACUCAGUUUCGAUCCAGUGAUAACGGUGAUAUUGUUGUCGAGGCCAGGAAUGAUUCGGGGAAGGAUCGCAAGUUUCGAAUUCUGGCUGCUACCUCAUGGAACUUCGAGAUUGCAAACUGUGCCGUUAUGUAUGAGGCUCGCAAAUUGGUGCGUCAAUCAUCCGCAUACCAAGAAGCGGCUGCCAAAUUACCUCAACACAUCAAAACAGAAUCUGUUGGAUCGGAUACAGUCCUUGUCUCCCAGGCCCAGGGCACACGCUCGCCCAAUGGAGUGCAACCUCAAUGGCUUGAAUCAUGGUACGACAGCCUUGCUUAUUGUACGUGGAAUUCACUAGGUCAAGAUCUCAACGCCGAGAAAAUCAUGUCUGGAUUGGAUUCCUUAGCGAACCAUAACAUCAAUAUCGCGACCCUUAUUAUCGAUGACAACUGGCAGUCUCUUGAUGGCAAGCAAGGUGAAACUUCUCAGUUCAAACGUGGCUGGAAGGAGUUCGAGGCCAAUCCUCUUGGUUUCCCUGAAGGAUUGAAAUCAGCAGUAGCCAAGAUUCGAGCGGCUCAUCCUAAAAUCCAUGACAUUGCCGUUUGGCAUGCUUUGAUGGGCUAUUGGGGUUGUAUUUCUCCCGAUGGACAACUUGCAAAAGACUACAAGACCUUAGAGGUCAACUUCAGUGAGGGCACUCCAAUGGCAGGUCGAAAGCUUGUCAUCCAUCCGGAUGACAUCCAUAGACUGUACGACGACUUUUACCGCUUUCUGUCAGGCGCUGGCGUUACCGGCGUAAAAACCGAUGUACAAUUUGCAUUAGAUCUCCUUGCUGAUACUCCGGAUCGACAAACCUUCACAAACACCUAUCAGUCUGCUUGGACUCAGGCGCAUCUCCGACACUUGUCAGGCAAGGCGAUAUCCUGCAUGUCGAUGAUCCCUCAAAUUCUUUGCCACAGCUUUCUCCCGACCAACUAUCCAAGAAUACUAUUACGGAACAGCGAUGAUUUUUUCCCAGAAGUUCCUACUUCUCAUGCAUGGCACGUCUUUGCAAAUGCACACAAUGCUCUAUUUGUCCAGCACCUCAACGUCUUACCGGACUGGGAUAUGUUCCAAUCCAGUCAUCCGUAUAGUGGGUUCCACGCAGCUGCUCGAAGUCUAUCUGGAGGCCCGAUAUAUAUCACCGACACUCCAGGCGAGCAUGACGUCGAACUGAUUCAUCAAAUGACUGCUUUGAACCCCAGGGGACAAACUGUGAUUCUCCGCCCAAGCUGCAUUGGAAAGACAAUGGGCGUUUAUGACAAGUACGAAGAGAAAGGGAUCCUCAAAAUCGGUGUCUAUGAUGGCAAGUCGGAUUUUGGAACCGGGAUGCUUGGCGUUUUCAACAUUUCUGACUCGGAGACGACAUUCAUUCUUCCCAUCACCAAAUUCCCGGGUGUGAAUGCCCCUGCAAACAAAUCAGAGCCGGCCAAGAGGUGGAUAAUUCGAUCUCACGCUUCGAAACGCAUCACGCAGCCUGUUCAGCCAACAGAUCCCAUUCGGCCAGACAAUCUACUUCAGUGCACCCUACCCAUUCGAGGCUACGAUGUGUGGUCCGCUGUACCUGUUCACAGCUUCCAUCUGCCAUGGUCAACUCAGCCAAACCUUGACCUCGCCGUGUUGGGUCUCCUUGGAAAAUUCACCGGCUCUGCUGCCAUUAUCGAGACAUAUUUCAACCUCAACGAAUCCGAUGACGAAAUAGCAACAGAAUCCGGUGGCCCAUCAGACGGUCGUCGUCUGAAAGUCCACGUUCAGCUGAAAGCACUCGGUGUCCUCGGCAUCUGGCUUUCCGACGCCCAAUCUCGCAACAUCGAUGACAUGAUGGUGAUGAUCCAGGGUCGCCCCGUACCCCAGCAUGUCGUCAAAAUAAACUCAAACGGUGCUGCGAGGGAUUCUGCAGCAGGUGUCCUCGAAAUCGACGUCGCUAAAGCCUGGGAUGAAGAGGACCUUGACCCGGGCUGGAGUAAUGAAGUCGGUAUUGAGAUUUUCCUGCGUUGA